AUGUGUGUGGUCCUUUUUCUCUGCCUGCAGGACUGCCCUCCAGACGCAGAGGACUUCAGAGCCCAGCAGUGCUCUGCCUACAAUGAUGUCCAGUAUCAGGGGCACUAUUACGAAUGGCUUCCAAGAUAUAAUGACCCUACUGCCCCCUGUGCGCUCAAGUGUCAUGCGCGGGGACAAAACUUGGUGGUGGAGCUGGCCCCCAAGGUGCUGGAUGGGACUCGCUGCAACGCAGACUCCCUGGACAUGUGCAUCAGCGGCAUCUGCCAGGCGGUGGGCUGUGACCGGCAACUGGGAAGUAAGGCCAAGGAGGACAACUGCGGCGUCUGUGCUGGCGAUGGCGCCACCUGCAGGCUGGUGCGGGGACAGUCCAAGUCACACGUGUCUCCUGAAAAAAGGGAGGAAAAUGUCAUUGCUGUCCCUCUGGGAAGUCGAAGUGUGAGAAUAACAGUGAAAGGACCAGCACAUCUCUUUAUUGAAUCAAAAACUCUUCAAGGAAGCAAAGGAGAGCACAGCUUUAACAGUCCUGGAGUUUUUGUUAUAGAAAAUACAACAGUUGAAUUUCAGAAAGGAUCAGAAAGACAAACCUUUAAGAUUGCAGGCCCUCUGAUGGCAGAUUUCAUUUUUAAGACCAGGUACACGGUGGCCAAAGACAGUGUGGUCCAGUUCUUCUUUUACCAGCCAAUCAGUCAUCAGUGGAGACAGACAGACUUCUUUCCCUGCACUGUGACAUGUGGAGGAGGGUAUCAGCUCAAUUCUGCUGAGUGUGUGGAUAUCCGUUUGAAGAGAGUCGUUCCUGACCAUUAUUGCCAUUACUACCCUGAAAACGUAAAGCCAAAACCAAAACUGAAGGAAUGCAGCAUGGAUCCUUGCCCAUCCAGCGAUGGAUUUAAAGAGAUUAUGCCCUAUGACCACUUCCAGCCUCUCCCUCGCUGGGAACAUAAUCCUUGGACUGCAUGUUCAGUGUCCUGCGGAGGAGGCAUUCAGAGGCGGAGCUUUGUAUGUGUUGAGGAGUCCAUGCAUGGAGAGAUACUGCAGGUGGACGAAUGGAAAUGCAUGUACGCGCCCAAGCCCAAGGUCAUGCAAACUUGCAAUCUGUUCGAUUGUCCCAAGUGGAUUGCCAUGGAGUGGUCUCAGUGCACUGUGACCUGUGGCCGAGGGUUACGUUAUCGCGUUGUCCUGUGUAUCAACCACCGUGGAGAGCACGUUGGAGGCUGCAAUCCACAGAUGAAGUUACACAUCAAAGAAGAAUGCAUCAUCCCUAUCCCUUGUUAUAAGCCACGAGAAAAAAGUCCAGUGGAAGCUAAACUACCUUGGCUAAAACAAGCACAAGAAUUAGAAGAGACAAGAAUAGCAACAGAAGAACCAACGUUCAUCCCAGAGCCCUGGUCAACCUGCAGUACCACAUGUGGACCAGGCAUUCAAGUCCGAGACGUGAAGUGUCGCGUCCUUCUCACAUUCACACAGACAGAGACCGAGUUGCCCGAGGAGGAGUGUGAGGGCCCCAAGCCAUCCACAGAGCGACCCUGCAUACUGGAAGUGUGUGAGGAGAGCCUUGCCUCCCGAAAGCCGGAUGCCAAGGUCCAGGAGGAGGACAGCGAGAUGACUUAUGACUGGGAGUACGCUGGCUUUACUCCUUGCACAGCCACAUGUUUGGGAGGCCAUCAAGAAGCCAUAGCAGUGUGCUUGCACAUCCAGACCCAACAAACAGUCAAUGACUCUCUGUGUGAUGCAGUCCACCGUCCCCCAGCCAUGAGUCAGGCUUGUAACACGGAGCCCUGCCCGCCCAGAUGGCACACUGGCUCUUGGGGACCCUGCUCAGCCACCUGUGGUGUUGGCAUCCAGACCCGGGAUGUCCACUGCCUGCACCCUGGGGACUCCCUUGCCCCUCCUGAAGAAUGCAGAGCUGAGAAGCCUCAUGCACUGCAAGCAUGUAAUCAGUUCGAUUGCCCUCCAGGCUGGCACAUUGAAGAAUGGCAGCAGUGCUCCAGGACCUGUGGUGGUGGCACCCAGAAUCGAAGAGUCACCUGUCGGCAGCUGUUGACAGAUGGAAGCUUUCUGAAUCUCUCAGAUGAAUUGUGCCAGGGUCACAAGGCAUCGUCACAUAAGUCCUGUGCCAGGACAGACUGCCCUCCACAUUUCACAGUGGGAGACUGGUCACAGUGUUCUGUGACCUGCGGUGUUGGAAUCCAACGAAGAAAGCAAGUGUGUCAAAGGCUGACAGCCAAAGGCCGGCGUGUCCCCCUCCAUGAGGAGAUGUGCAGGAACCUCCCGGGGCCCCCUCUCCUGAGAUCGUGCCAGAUGCCUGCGUGCACCAAAAGAAAAGGAGAGACAAAAACCAAACAACGCGAUCAGAGUCCUCAGAUCCUGGGCAUCCAGAGAGUCUACAUUCAGACAAGGGAGGAGAAGCGCAUUAACCUGACCAUUGGGAGCAGAGCCUAUCUGCUUCCCAACACAUCGGUGAUUAUUAAAUGCCCAGUGCGACGAUUCCAGAAGUCCAGGAUCCAGUGGGAGAAAGAUGGCCACUGUCUGCAGAACUCUAAACGACUGGGCAUCACCAAAUCGGGCUCCCUCAAAAUCCACAGCCUCGCAGCCCCUGACAUUGGUGUGUACCGGUGCAUUGCAGGCUCGGCCCAGGAGACGGUAGUUCUCAAGCUCAUCGGUACUGAUAAUCGACUCAUUGCACCCCCAGCCCUUCGGGAGCACAGGAGGGGAUAUCCAAUGAUGGGCCACAGCCAAGACAAUAGUUUGGGAGCCACAUGGCAUAAAAUGCGGCAAAUGUGGAAUCACAAAAAUGAGCUGUAUCUAGAUGAUGGCCAAAUUCAUAAGCAGCCUAUCUUGAGAGCUCUCUUGGACCCCUGUGGCAGUUCCGCAGGAAACACCAACUCCUGGGAGCUAAAGAACAAGCAGUUUGAAGCAGCCGUUAAACAGGGAGCCUAUAGCAUGGACACAGCCCAGUUUGAAGAGCUGAUAAGAAACUUGAGUCAGCUUAUGGAAACCGGAGAGGUCAGUGACGAGCUUGCGUCCCAAGUGAUCUAUCAGCUGGUGGCAGAGUUAGCUAAGGUGCAGCCUUCUCACCUGCCGUGGAUGGGUGUCCAGGAAGGGGGACCUCGCUCAUCUCAGCUGAGAGAGGAAACAGGAGGCAUGCCCCAAAACUCAAAUGCAAAGAACUCAGGCAAGCUGACCUUCAAGCCAAAGGCACCUGUUCUCCUGAGGGAAAGGCAUCCUCCCACCAUUUCAUUUAAUACAACAAUAAAUUCAAGGAUUGGAAAUACAAUAUAUAUUACAAAAAAGACUGUGAUCAUCAAUAUACUGUGUGACCUUGUAACCCCCAGUGAGGUCACAUACACGUGGACCAAGGAUGGAACGUUGUUACAGCCCUCAGUAAAGAUAAUUUUGGAUGGAGCGGGGAAAUUGCAGAUAUGGAACCCUACAAAAAAAGAACAAGGAGUCUACGGGUGCUCUGUAGCAAGUCGUCUUGGCUCGGAUGUAGAACAUUCUUCUGUGCUUUAUGCAGAGGCACCUGUCAUCUUGUCUAAUGAGAGAAAUAUCACCAAACUGGGGCCUGGACAGCUCUCUGCUGUGGUUGGAGGCAUUGUGGAGGCAGCCCUGCAAACGAACCUGACAAUCCAAUGUCCUGUGAAAGGUGUCCCUCAGCCCAAUGUAACUUGGUUGAAGAGAGGAAGAUCUCUGAAUGACAAUGUUCCCUUGCUUUUCAAUGGAUCCCUGUUGUUGCAGAAUGUUUCCCUUGAAAGUGAAGGAACCUACGUCUGCACAGCCACCAAUGCUCUUGGAAAGGCCAUGGCAGCCUCCGUACUUCACUUGCUGGAGAAAAGACGACCAGACAGUCAAGUUGUCUUUCGCAAGGGACAUAAAAAACAUGUUUUCCCAAAAUCCAACACUAGACCAAACAGCAAGGAUGCACCCAGAGAUGUCUUACUUCAAGAACCUUUUUGGGAACCUGGUAACUGGACACAGUGUUCUGCCACCUGUGGCCACUUGGGCACCAGUGUUCGGAGACCCCGAUGUGUGAUGGCCAAUGGGCAGGAAGUGAAGGAGACCCUUUGUGAUCACCUUGAGAAGCCCCUGGCUGGACCUCAGCCCUGUAACAUCCAGGACUGCCCUGCGAGGUGGUUGACCAGUACCUGGUCGGAGUGCUCGGUGUCUUGUGGGGAGGGAUUCCACAGCAGACAAGUAACAUGCAGAAGGAUGAGAGCCAAUGGGACUGUUCAGAUGGUACCUCUACGGGCAUGUGCUGCCAAAGACCAGCCUCUGGGGAGAAAACCAUGCUCUGGUCCUCCCUGUGGGCAAUGGACCGUGGAACCAGGGAGCCAGUGUCCCGGGCGGUGCAUUGGCCGAGCGGUGAGGAUGCAGCAGCAGCGUCACACAGCUUGUCAGAAGCACAACACUUCUGGAGCCCUGGACCCCCACUGUGAUGACAGAAGGAGACCUGCCCUUCGGAGGAACUGUUCCUCAGGGGCCUGUGAUGUGUGUUGGCGCAUAGGCCCGUGGAGACCUUGUACAGUGACCUGCGGCAGUGGCUUCCAGGCUCGGAAGGUGGACUGUGUGCACAGGGGGAGCUGCAGGCCUGUGGUGGAGAGGCACUGUGGGCAGCAGAAGCCGGCUUCCUGGCGCCACUGUCUUGGGCCUUCCUGUGAUAGAGACUGCGCAGACACCACGCACUACUGUAUGUUUGUAAAGCAUCUUCAUUUGUGUUCGAUAGACCUGUACAAACAGAGGUGUUGCCAGUCAUGUCAAGAAGGGUAA